CGACUGUUGUUCAUCCGGCUGUGAUCCUAGUCGUGGGAGCAACGAUGGCCAGCGGUGCAGCUAAACAACCGACUAAAAUUGUCGCCAAAGCUAAUGCGGGCGGCGCUGGGGCGGCGGGGGCCGGCGGUGGGCCCCCGGUGAUGCCCCUCGCGUCUCCCCUUAUGGGGAAAAAGAAGAAGCCGUUUCUGGGGAUGCCCGCGCCGCUCGGCUACGUCCCCGGGCUCGGCCGAGGUGCUACUGGUUUCACCACCCGAUCUGAUAUUGGUCCUGCCCGUGAUGCCAAUGAUCCAGUGGAUGAUCGACAUGCGCCGCCGGGGAAGAGGACCGUCGGGGACCAAAUGAAAAAGAACCAGGACGACGACGAUGAAGAUCUGAAUGACACCAACUAUGAUGAGUUUAAUGGAUACGCGGGGAGCUUGUUCUCCAGUGGACCCUAUGAGAAAGAUGACGAAGAAGCCGAUGCUAUAUACGCAGCACUGGACAAGAGGAUGGAUGAAAGGCGCAAAGAAAGAAGGGAGCUGAGAGAAAAGGAAGAAAUUGAGAAAUACCGUAUGGAGCGACCAAAAAUCCAGCAGCAGUUCUCAGAUCUGAAGAGGAAACUGGCUGAGGUGUCUGAGGAGGAGUGGCUUAGCAUCCCUGAAGUUGGCGAUGCCAGGAACAAGCGCCAGAGGAAUCCCCGUUACGAGAAGCUCACCCCUGUCCCCGACAGCUUCUUCUCCAAACACCUCCAAACCGGAGAGAAUCACACCUCUGUGGAUCCUUUACAAGGGCUGGGAGGUCUGAACACACCUUACCCAGGAAGCAUGACCCCAGGUCUCAUGACACCAGGAACGGGGGAACUGGAUAUGAGGAAAAUCGGUCAGGCCAGGAACACACUCAUGGAUAUGAGGUUAAGUCAGGUGUCUGACUCAGUCAGUGGGCAGACUGUAGUGGAUCCAAAGGGAUACCUGACAGAUCUCAACUCCAUGAUCCCCACUCAUGGAGGAGACAUCAGUGACAUCAAGAAAGCUCGCCUGCUGCUGAAAUCAGUGAGGGAGACCAAUCCCCAUCAUCCGCCGGCCUGGAUUGCCUCAGCCAGGCUGGAGGAAGUGACUGGCAAACUGCAGGUGGCCAGGAACCUGAUCAUGAAAGGCACAGAGAUGUGUCCCAAGAGUGAGGAUGUGUGGUUGGAGGCAGCCAGGCUCCAACCUGGCGACACAGCUAAAGCCGUGGUAGCCCAGGCCGUUCGUCACCUGCCGCAGUCUGUCCGCAUCUACAUCCGAGCUGCAGAGCUGGAGACGGACGUCAGGGCGAAGAAACGAGUCCUCAGGAAGGCUCUGGAGAACGUGUCCAAGUCAGUUCGACUGUGGAAGACAGCUGUCGAACUGGAGGAACCAGAAGAUGCAAGGAUCAUGCUUAGCAGAGCUGUGGAGUGUUGCCCGACUAGUGUUGAGCUGUGGUUGGCACUGGCCAGGUUGGAGACGUACGAGAACGCCCGUCGCGUCUUGAACAAAGCUCGAGAGAACAUCCCCACCGAUCGCCACAUCUGGAUCACUGCUGCUAAGCUAGAGGAAGCCAAUGGCAACACACAGAUGGUGGACAAGAUCAUUGACAGAGCCAUCACUUCGCUCCGUGCAAACGGAGUGGAGAUCAACAGAGAGCAGUGGAUACAGGAUGCAGAGGAGUGUGACAAAGCAGGCAGUGUGGCCACCUGCCAGGCCGUGAUAAGGGCUGUCAUAGGGAUAGGCAUUGAGGAGGAAGACCGCAAACACACCUGGAUGGAGGACUCAGAGAGCUGUGUGGCUCAUGGAGCGCUCGAGUGUGCCAGGGCCAUCUAUGCCCAUGCCCUGCAGGUGUUCCCCAGUAAAAAAAGUGUCUGGCUUAGGGCUGCCUACUUUGAGAAGAACCAUGGCACCAGAGAGUCUUUGGAAGCCCUGCUCCAGAGAGCUGUAGCUCACUGCCCCAAAGCAGAAGUACUGUGGCUAAUGGGUGCCAAGUCUAAAUGGCUGGCUGAAGAUGUGCCAGCAGCCAGAAGUAUCCUCGCUCUGGCCUUCCAGGCUAACCCUAACAGCGAAGAGAUCUGGCUUGCUGCUGUCAAACUGGAGUCUGAGAAUAAUGAGUAUGAAAGAGCCCGCCGACUGUUAGCCAAGGCCCGGAGCAGUGCACCAACAGCCAGGGUAUUUAUGAAAUCCGUGAAGCUGGAGUGGGUGUUGGGGAACAUAGAAGCAGCUCAGGAGUUGUGCACGGAGGCCCUGAAACACUACGAAGACUUCCCCAAGCUCUGGAUGAUGAGAGGCCAGAUUGAGGAGCAGUGUGAAAACAUGGAUAAGGCCAGAGAGGCCUAUAACCAAGGGCUGAAAAAGUGUCCCCGCUCGGUGGCACUGUGGUUGCUGCUGUCUCGUCUUGAGGAGAGAGUGGGACAGCUGACUAGAGCCAGAGCAAUCCUUGAGAAGGCACGUCUCAAGAACCCACAGAGCCCUGAGCUAUGGUUGGAGUCAGUCAGAUUGGAGUUCCGGGCGGGAAUGAAGAACAUCUCUAACACGCUGAUGGCCAAAGCACUGCAGGAGUGCCCAAAUUCAGGUAUCCUUUGGGCUGAGGCAGUGUUUUUGGAGGCCAGGCCCCAGAGGAAGACCAAGAGUGUGGACGCUUUGAAGAAGUGCGAACAUGAUCCCCACGUCUUGCUCGCUGUGGCCAAGUUGUUCUGGAGUGAACGUAAGAUCACCAAAGCCAGGGAGUGGUUCCUCAGGACGGUAAAGAUUGAGCCAGACCUGGGAGAUGCCUGGGCUCUCUUCUACAAAUUUGAACUGCAGCAUGGCACAGAGGAACAACAGGAAGAGGUGCGAAAGCGCUGUGAGAACGCGGAGCCCCGCCACGGAGAGCUGUGGUGUGCCGAGUCUAAACACGUCUUGAAUUGGCAGAAGAAGACAGGAGAGAUUUUAGCGCAGGUAGCCAGCAAGAUCAAAAACACAUUCUGAUACGACGGAAAUUUGGACUGAAUUCACCAGUGUAGCAGUGAGCAGCUAUGGACAUGCUUAUUCUUCUCCAGGACCUGCCCAUCUCUGGCAGACAUCAAGCAUUCACAAGUGCAUUCGUGUAACUAUUUUACAAACUCGAGUCAUUUAUUGAACUUAUCAGUCGAAGGUGUUGAUUAAAUUUCAAAGUGAAAACAGAUCUAUGCCCAUUUAAAAUCAAGUCAUAAAUAAAAGAUUAAACAUGGGUGCAAAUGUGCAACAAAGUAUGUGCCACUAAAUCUUACAUGGGUGUGAAUAAGUUGGUGUGGCAGAAAUAUGAAAUUGUCAUUGUUUCUCAUCCUCAGUUGUUAACUUGCUCCACAACAAGCUGUUAAGUCCUGUCCUCAUUAGAGGAAGUUUGGGGGGCUGAACUGAAUUGUAGUGAAAUCCACACCAAAACCAACCAGUGUCUGAAUUUAAGGUGAUUUCCAUCCAGCAUGUGAUAUGAAAUUCUAGCACUUAGAUGUAUCACAAUAAAGGAUGUUCAAACUAAGAGGUACCCAAAGCAAAAUAUGUCUUUUUCACUUUGACAUUGUUUUCUGCUGAUUUGUGUCAUAUUGUUCAAACCUGUUAAUAACCAAAAAAAAAAAAAAAGACAAUGAAUGCUUUCAUUGGGUGACUGUAACAGAUUGGAUGAUUCCACCUUUCACUGUUUAAAAAAAAAAAAAAAUCCAGACAUCAAAUUUUUGAGAACAUCUAUUUUGUAUAUCUUGUCCAAGCUGCUAUGUUGGCGAUCCAGAUGUGACUCUGUCCGUUCAGCAGGAUGUCACAGUGUAUAUAUAUGGAGUCUUUUUUUCUAGGAGUUAUUUCAAGAUUUGUCAUGUUUUUUUGUGAUGAUUUUUGCCCUUUCUUGUAGCUUGCUUUCAAAUGUGCUUAAAAUACUUUGCAGGCAUCCAAUAAACAAAUUACAAACUUUAAAUGCA